AUGCGUUCCUUCAAAGGCGAGCCAUUGUCUGUGAAUCGUUUAAGACAGAAUGAGCAGACGAAUGAUGUUAUUUUAAGGAGGCCGUUGAUGGAACCAUCUACAUCAUCUGAGUUCUGUGAGCAUUUGCCAGUUCCUUCAAAGCUCAAUGGCAAGACGUCGAAUGGAAACGUGGGAGAACCUAAUGGCUAUCAACAAUACAACCCCAGAUUUUCUGACUGCACUGAGACCUAUCCACCUCCUCCAUCUGAAUAUAUUCAGACAAAUGCUCAAUCAGGUGAAGGAGAAAAAGUGUUGAUGUUUCAUGGCAUUCAAGAUGAGAAUGGCGGUGGUGGCGGAGAAGAGACGGACAUCGAUGAUGAGAUUGCUCAAUCCUUUUCCAAAAACAGUGCAAGCUAUCUUGUACCCUCAAAGAGUCAGGUGCUCUUCUUUCUCUCCAAUUCUGGCAAUUUCAAAAUACAACACACAGGCUACGAGAUGCAGAUUACGGAUUCAGCUGAUUUUCCGUUGCUCGAUGUUUGGGCUGAGCAUGUUUGUUGCUCAUCUCCUGUGUGGAUAGUAGAAUCAUAUGGUCGUCGAGUGCUGAUGCUGUCCGAGAAUCGACCUCCAUUCAAUAUAUGCUCCAUAUUUCCGCCAUUCAUAUCAUCCAUAUUUGGUUAUCGACGUCGAAUAUCAAACUCAUUGUCAGUAGCUGAUUGGAAUGGCGAUGUGAUAGGAUUUUUCUUGCCAGGUGAUCCGUUUCUGAUACAAAACAACAUGAGAGCAACAAUCGCUAGAUGUUCACGAACCGAACAGCAGGGGGAGAACUGGAAAUGUGUGCUGGAAGCGAAUGGUCGUGAAAUUGCUCGAAUUGAAUCUGGAAGAGUACGAAUAGCUGCUGAUGUGUCAUUCCAAUUAAAACUUCUUACCUUGACAGCAUUAGCUCGAGCUAUAGGCCGUCCACGUCCACACAAUAGUUGUUUUCAAUUUUCUCGUUGA